AAUUCUCUAAAUAUUUGCUUGCAAUAUGGCGUCAGAAUGUUUACGAUUGAGCGUGACAUAAAGCGGCAUUAUGUUUUACCAUAUUUCGUUGGAGCACGAGAUUCUGCUGCAUCCGCGAUAUUUUGGGCCUCAAUUACUUGAUACAGUAAAGCAGAAACUUUACACAGAAGUGGAAGGCACUUGUACAGGAAAAUAUGGCUUCGUCGUCGCAGUCACGACGAUAGACAACAUAGGAGCUGGAAUUAUACAGCCAGGACAAGGCUUUGUAGUUUAUCCAGUUAAAUACAAAGCCAUUGUAUUCAGACCAUUUAAAGGUGAAGUGUUGGAUGCAAUUGUAACGCAAGUGAAUAAGGUUGGAAUGUUCGCUGAAAUAGGUCCACUCUCAUGUUUUAUAUCUCAUCAUUCAAUCCCAGAGGAUAUGCAAUUUUGUCCAAAUGUGAAUCCAGCUUGUUAUAAAUCAAAGGAAGAAGAUGUAGUUAUUCAAGCAGAUGAUGAAAUUAGGUUAAAAAUAGUGGGUACAAGAGUUGAUGCUACAGGAAUUUUUGCCAUCGGAACGUUAAUGGACGAUUACUUAGGUCUUGUUUGCAAUUAAUGGAUCUGCAUUCUGCUGUGCAAAAACUUUUUUAAGUUUAUCAAAACUUUUUUGUCUAAAAACAAAAUAUAAAAAUGUAUAAAGAAUUUUCCACGUUUAUAUGCAACAAAAUAUCAAUUCAAAAAAGUAUGGAAAUAAUAGAAAGCAGUAGCAUAUAAAAGAACUAUUUUAACUAAAUAAUAACAAUUAUUUUAAUAUUAAA